UCGUGGUACUUCUUCAACACUGUGACUGCCGCGUUAUCAUGGUAGAGUAAUCUUCACUAACUGUCAACCAAGAAUUACUGUGAUUUACCGGGUGAUUUACGUCGGUGUGAUUACCACAGACUUUACUGUGUAUCUGAGUAAUGUCGGGCUACACUCAAGAGUAUAUACAAGAGAAACUGACCAAGGAACUGGAGGCUACUCAUGUAGAUGGUUGGGAGUGUUGAGAAGAAUGAGGGACAUGAAGCACAGCUCACCAUCAUCUUUAUACUGAAAGAGAAUUCUGUAGUGGCAUCUCAUCAACUCUCUUCUGUGAUGUAAUGCAUAAGAUUACAUAAGCUUCUCGUGAAACUGACUGUCUCACCUUGUGUCUAUGUGACUUACGGUACCUGAAUAAGCCUGGAACUUAAUUCUGUUUGUUUUUCACAAAAAAAAAUUCUGUGACAUUUAUACAGUUAAGUUUUUUGCACUUCUGAAUAAGUCAUACAGUAGCUACAUUCAUAUAGAUGUUGUAUUCUGCUUUGUAAUUGCAGUUUCUUGAUAUUCAGAGAUAUAUUCAAACAUAUUAGUUCAAAACUUUAGAAAAUGGGAAAUCUAGUUAUAAUAACUCUUUUGGGAGUUUUCUUGAGAUGGUGUGUGUCACUCUAUCCAUACUCAGGUGCUGGUAAACCUCCAAUGUUUGGUGAUUAUGAAGCCCAGCGUCACUGGCAGGAAGUGACAGUUAACUUACCGGUUAAAGAGUGGUACAUGAACUCAACCAACAAUGAUUUACUGUACUGGGGUCUGGACUACCCCCCUCUUACUGCAUAUCAUAGUUACCUGUGUGGACUUGUGGCAAGAAAACUAAACCCCAGCUUUGUUGAACUGCACAAAUCUCGCGGUUACGAGAGUUACGAACACAAGCUGUUCAUGAGGUACACCGUCUUUGUGGUAGAUCUGUUGAUAUACAUUCCUGCAGCUUACAUGUUCCUCUGUGCCCUCUCUAGUAUUCCCCCUAGAAGGAAGUAUAGGAAACUAGAGUAUUUGUCUCUGAUCCUUUACCCAGGAUUAUACCUUAUAGACUAUGGUCAUUUUCAGUACAAUAAUGCAUCACUUGGGUUUUUUGUGGGAGCAGUUGCUUGUUUGAUAAAGGGUCGAGAUUGUUUGGGAUCAGUUUUGUUUUGUUUAGCCUUGAACUAUAAACAAAUGGAGUUGUAUCAUGCUCUCCCAAUCUUCUUUUAUUUGUUAGGAAUAUGUUUCAAACAAGGAAGCAUAAUGGGAUUUAUCUUCAAGAUAACUAAGAUUGGUAUCUCUGUUCUUUUAACUUUUGGUAUUAUUUGGUCUCCUUUUCUGUCUGACACAAAAGUGCUGUUACAAGUUGUUCAUCGCUUAUUUCCCCUUGACCGAGGGUUAUUUGAAGACAAAGUGGCCAGCUUCUGGUGUAGCAUAUCAGUCUUGGUGAAGCUGAAGAAACUGAUUGAUAAUAAUAACAUGGCUUUGAUCUGCUUGCUAUCCACAGUAGUAUGCAUGAUUCCAUCAAGUAUACACCUCUUUAUAAAUCCCACACCAAGACACCUGCGCUAUGCCUUAGUUAACGGGUCAUUUGUUUUCUUCCUGAUGAGUUACCAUGUUCAUGAGAAGAGCAUCCUGCUUGUAGCAAUACCUGCCUGUUUGAUCUUUAGUGAGGAACCCUUCAUGGUGACCUGGUUCUUCAUUGUGUCCAUUGUCAGUAUGCUGCCUCUUCUGGUCAAGGAUGGUCUGACAGUUCCUAUGGUUGCUCUGACAGUUCUUUUGUAUGCCAUAUUACAUUUUAGACAGAAUUCUGGGAGCUCCUCACAUUCAAAACCAUCCACCAAGAAUCCAUUUUGGAUAUGGAUAAAAAGGACCUUCCGUCUCUCUCUGGCCGGAUUUUUUUCCCUGACUGUUGUGUCUCUGACCAUGACUCCACCACCCAGGCUGCCAGACUUGUUCCCAGUGCUCCUCUCUGUUUACUCCUGUGUUCACUACUGUCUCUUCUGUCUCUACUUCCAUUUCUGCCAGUUUACUGUUAAGUAUAAUAAGCCUUCAUCAUCUAAAAUGAAGACAAACUAGAUAAUACAAACUGAAAUAAUGUAACCACUUCAGAUAAUACAAAAUUGCAUAUGACUGUAAUGUACUUAAGAUAAAUCAGAAUUAAAUAUGAUAGCAACUAACUCCACUACAGUUAAUUAAUCCAAAAGAUACUACUCGGUAUGAUAACAGUGAGAUCAGAUUAUUAGAAAUACCGUAGAGGAACUUCUUGCUCAGAACCUGUCACCAGUCUCCUAGGGUGUGCAUUUAGAAUUUUGUCACCCCAGGUACAAUACUUAAACUAAUCUCUAGCAGUAGCUGGAGUAUAAAAUCUUGGCAAAUAAAAAUAGUACUGUACUUACACAUUAAUGCUAUAUAUGAAACUCUCAUCAUUGGUAGCAAGACUAUUGCAGUAGAGCCAUAACAUUUACAGUUGUCUAGGAACAGAAUUGGCUCUUAGACUGCCUGCCAGCAUUGAGCAGUGCCUCCUGAUUACUCCCAAUAAACCCAGAUAUAAAAGAUUUUGAGAGCCUUGGCCUGGUAGACCCUCAUGCCUGGACUAAGAAGCCAUAUCCCAAACCAUUGUUCCUUUUCUGUCCUGUAAUACACUUAUAGUUUGUAUUGUUUGGUAUAGUAUAUGAAUAUACAGGAGCUAUUAUGCAAAUGUUAUUAGAAUUCCUAAAAUUUAAUGAAAAACAAAUGAGAACUGUGCAGUGAAUUAUACUGUAUGUAUAUAUUUAAUAUUUAGGUGAAUUUUUUUUUAUCGUAUUAAUUAGUGCGGUAUUUACAUUACUGUAUAUGAUUUGAAAUAACCAGUAUAACCUUUCUUCAAAAGUUAUUCUCCUUUGUCCAAAUACUGUAUUAUUUUGCCUAUUUGAAAUUCAUUUAGCAGAAUUCUUUGUCUCCCUCUAAACAUAACAUACCUAACACAUGAACCUGGAGAUUUGGGCUACAAAUAGACCCCUGGCAGCAUAGUAAAUGGGAUAGUCUUCAAAACUUUGGAUAACAAUAUGUGAUUACUGAUGGUCAUUGUAGUCUUAUUUCAUCUACACUACAAUUGCAUCUGGUAGCUAACUGUACUGUGUCAACUCAGAGUCUCUUAGUAUAUUUGCUGGCAUCCUAACCUGACCUGAUGUGACUUAGCUACCAGUAUUUUAAUCUAGCUUGACCUAACCUAACUCUCCCUAACCAAAUAUAUACGAACCUGACAUUCCUAUUUCUGUAUAAUUUGUUGUUUGUACAACUACUUACACUGAUAUGCCUUUGCUACUCUCUCACCUGUAUUCUUUGUUACUUGUGGUGAUAGUUCCUACAAAAUGGCUUGUAAUUUUUUAAACAUUCUAAUUUUGUAGUUGAAAUUAGUGUUAUCUGUUUUGCUUUAUCAUGUCAAGCAUUGUUCAUUUUUUUUUAUUCCAGUGUGUGUGAAGAUGUAAAGAGGAGUACAGUAAUAGCUAAGAUGGUUAGAGGAAGAUUUUCUCAUUCAAGUUUCCUCAAAAAUUUGUAAACAGGUAUCAUAGACUGGGUAUGAACUAUCGAUUAUAUUAUACAGGGGGUGAAAUAGUCUCUGCUCAAUGGGGAAAUACUAUGUUGAAACUUUUUAUAAGAGAAGAAACAGUAGUAGGUGUGUUUAUUCCAAUUUUUUUCAUUAAAAUGUGAACCGUACAGCCAGUCAGUGCUUCAUAUUCUCCUGUACUCUUUAGAAGACCAUAUAUGUGUUUCCUUUACUGUAGGGACUGACCAACCAACCUGUAUGUACUGUGCUGUAUUUAUGGAGGACCAAUGUGUGAUGGUACAGAAUUACAGGUCGAGUAUUAUAUAGUAUGUGUUUGGGGAGAUUUUUUAGGAGGUAGACCCACAGUACUUAAGGUAUAGAUGUAUUAUUUCACUAUAAAAAUGUACAAGAUAAUACAGUCAUAGGAUAGUUCAUGUGGGGUAUUUCUUCUCUCUCACACACACACACACACACACACACACACACACACACACAC